CAAAACUACGUGUUAGGACUUCCUUUAGUAAUUUCUAAACGUGUUUUGCCGCAUGCGACUUAUUUGAAAUAAAAUAUAUAAUACGUGCUGACAUAGAUGCGUGGCGUUGUAGAAUAUAAUGUUUUAAGGAACCUAGGACGUUGCAGGGUCACACAUUGGUUAAGUCAUAUAAAAAUAAGUGCGUGUGUUACAAGUUUGGAGGUAAUUUUAGGCUUGGCUCUCAACAUUACACAGGGCGGUGACGUGGAGGAAAACCCCGGACCCCCUUAAGGAAAUACAAACUUAACUGAACCGAUCACCGAUGGGAUGUCCUAAAGUGUUAAUAUACCUUUGAUUUCUGGAAUGUCUGGAUCUUUGGAUUUCUGCACCAAUAGACACACCGAUCAUGGCUAUCAACUUGUUGUCAACACCAUGCACCCACUGACUGUACCUAACCAGCCUGGUGGCAACACUAUGUACCAAACGGCCAUACCCAUGCACCCACCGACAAUGCAUAACCAUUAUGCUGUCAACACAAUACACCUACCGACUGUUCCUAACCAGCCUGGUGACAACCCAAUGUACCAAUCGGCCAUACCUAACCAGCCUUGUGUCAACAGAAUGCACCCACCGACCAAACAAAACCAACAUUGCAACAACCAUUUGUACUGCUGUCAACCACAGCAUAUCACGACCACUUCAAAGAUGACUCCGUGCACCAGUACCUUAAGGCCUCAGACAGCCCGAGGCAUGUUGGGUUACCAGCCCGAUCAGAACCAAAUGCAUCCUCCAAACUCCAUUGUGUUCUACAACCAACAACAGAAUAGUAGACCCACUACUUCACAGCAACCCAGGCGUAUCCACCGUAUUCCGAUCAUUGACCCGAUUUCUGGGGAAGACAUCACAGCCAGUAUGACCCCUGUAACGUCUGAGUCAGGCACAGCCGACUGGAACACUUCCGGAUCCUUUGUCAGUUGCGAUGGCGUUACUAUAAAUUAUGCCGUGCCUAACAAGCCAGGUGUCAACACAAUACAGCCACCGAACAUUCCUAUCCAGCCUGGUUUCAACACAAUGCACCCACCGAACAUGCCUUACCAGCCUGGUGUCAACACAAUACACCCACCGAACAUGCCUAACCAGCCUGGUGUCAACACAAUGCACCCACCGGCCAUGCCUAACCAGCCGGCAAUCACAACAAUGCGCCCGCCCCAAAUUCCUUAUCAGCCUGGUGUCAACACAAUUCACCCACCGACCAUGCCUUACCAGCCAGUGAACACAAUGCUCCCACCGACAAUAUUAAACCAGCCUGGUGUUAACACAAUGCACCCACCGACCAUGCCUAACCAGCCUGGUGGCAACACAAUGCAUCAACCGACCAUGCCUUUCCAGCCUAGUCGAAACACAAUGCACCCACCGACAAUUCCUAACCAGCCUUGUGGCAACACAAUGCACCCAUCGACCAUGCCAAACCAGCCUCGUGUCAAUACAACACACACAUCGACCAUGCCUUACCCGCCUGGUGUCCACACAAUGCAUCCAUCGACCAUGCCUUACCCGCCUGGUGUCAAAACAAUUCAUUUAUCAACCAUGCCUUUCACGCCUGGUGUCAAAACAAUGCAUCCAUCGACCAUUUCUAGCCAGCCUGGUGUCAACACAAUGCACCCACCGGAUAUAACACAACGGCCUGGUGUCAACACAAUGUACCGUCCGAUCAUACCGAACCAGCCUGGUGUCAACACAAUGCACCCAUCGACCAUGCCUUACCCGCCUGGUGUCAACACAAUGCACCAAGCGACGAUACGUAACCAGCCUGUUGUCAACACACUAUACCCACAGACCAUUCCUAACCAGCCUGGUGUCAUAACAAUGCACCAACCGAUAAUGCCACACCAGCCUGGUUUAAAUACACUGCACCCAACGACCAUGCCUUACCAGCCUGGUGUGAUCACAAUUCACCCACCGAUAAUGCCUAACCAGCAUGUUGUCAACACCAUGCACCCACUGACUGUACCUAACCAGCCUGGUGGCAACACUAUGUACCAAACGGCCAUACCCAACCAGCAUGUUUUGAACACAAUGCACCGUCCGACCAUGCCUUACCAGCCUGGUGUGAUCACAAUGCACCCACCGACAAUGCAUAACCAUUAUGCUGUCAACACAAUACACCUACCGACUGUUCCUAACCAGCCUGGUGACAACCCAAUGUACCAAUCGGCCAUACCUAACCAGCCUUGUGUCAACAGAAUGCACCCACCGACCAAACAAAACCAACAUUGCAACAGCCAUUUGUACUGCUGUCAACCACAGCAUAUCACGACCACUUCAAAGAUGACUCCGUGCACCAGUACCUUAAGGCCUCAGACAGCCCGAGGCAUGUUUGGUUACCAGCCCGAUCAGCACCAAAUGCAUCCUCCAAACUCCAUUGUGUUCUACAACCAACAACAGAAUAGUAGACCCACUACUUCACAGCAACCCAGGCGUAUCCACCGUAUUCCGAUCAUUGACCCGAUUUCUGGGGAAGACAUCACAGCCAGUAUGACCCCUGUAACGUCUGAGUCAGGCACAGCCGACUGGAACACUUCCGGAUCCUUUGUCAGUUGCGAUGGCGUUACUAUAAAUUAUGCGAGUUCUCAUGAAGAAAACGAGGAUUUGGCUCAGCAGUCAAUGCUUCUCUCGGCAAUACAAGAGCGGAGUGAUCUUGAGCGGACAGAUUACGAGUUCGCGAUGCACUUGCAGGAGAUGUCGUCAGAGUCUUCCCCAUCGGAAGAGGAACAUGAGUCUUCAUCAGAUGAUGAUGACUCUUCACGAUGGAGAGAGUGGAGAGAGGAAUAUGGGUAUUCCUCGUCGGAAGAUGAAAAUGGCAUAUUUGAUUUUGCCGAGCAAAUUGAAAGGGUUCCUCCUGGCCUCUCUGAUCACGAUUUUUCAAGACUUCCAACAAAGAUCUUUAACGAAAUAGAAGACACACAAUCUGAAUGUUCAAUUUGUUGUCAAGACUAUGAGACAGGAGACGCACAGACAACGCUUCCUUGUCGACAUGAAUACCACCCAAAUUGUAUAAAAAAUUGGUUAAUGGAAAGGGCUACAUGUCCAAACUGUCGUCAACAUGUAAAUGUCAUCUGAAUUUUCCAGAAACCCUCCAAACUUGCAAUAUAUUUAAUUUACAUACAUAUUUUAUUGAAAAUAAAUUAUACCAGUAGGUUGUGAAUAUGCUUGAAAGUUGCGCAUUGUUAUAAUAGUUGUAAUAGUGUUAACAAUUGAUAUGGAUGGUAGGUCCGUGUAAAUGUUCGUUGAUUGGUCAUCUACUAACCUGGUGAACUGGUAUCCGCAUCACUGCCCACGAAAACCAGUAGACUUAAAAACAAAACUAUGUCUUAACUAAAUGUUCUUGACUAUGUGUGUGGUGGUCACCUACCGUAUUUCUGCUGCGAAUGCGUCCGUUCCAAUCUACGGAACUACCAAAUCAAUUGUUAAAAUGUGGGUGUUAAAAUUGAUAACACAUUUUCUGGUGAACAUAUUGUAAACAACAUUGUUAGUAAAGUAAACCCUAGUCUUAAAUUUAUGUAUAGAAACGCAAAGUAUUUAGAUAUAAGAACUAGAAAAUACUAUGUUCUGCCUUGAUUCAGUGUCACAUUGAUCAUGCUUGUUCCUAUUGGUAUCUAAGUUUAGAGGUCUAAAAGACAUAUUACAAAUAUGUAAAAAUAAAAUUGUUAGAUUUAUUUAUGGAAUGGGUCCUAGAGAUAGUAUUAAUCAAUGUGACCUGUCAGAUAUUUCAUUGCUAAAUGUUGAGAAUAGAAAUAAGCAAUUAAUACUGAACCAUGUAUUUAAAAUUGUUUAAGACUAGUGUCAAUCAAACAUGAAAGAAAUUUUUAUCUAUGCUAAAGAUACUCAUUCAUAUGCAACAAUGGCAAAUACAUACAAUUUUAGAGUGCCCGAAUGCUAUGGGAAAGGAAAUUUUACCUUUUACUACAGUGCAAUUAGUGAUUGAAAUGCUUUGCCAGAUACAAACAAGAAAAAUGAUAAUAAACACAAGAUCAAAUUAGCUGUUAAGAACCAUCUAUUGUGCUGUACUAAAACUCUUUAUUUGCACUAAUUAGAAUAUUUGGUAUCUAGUCAUCAUGGCAAAUAUAUUAUAGAAACAUGAUUGUAACAACUUACAUGUAUACUCAAUAAUUAUCAGGGACUUAUUGUUCGUUUUGUGCAACUUUGGCCUAGGAUUAUAUUAUAGUAAGUAUAACCUAACCUAGACCCGAUUGGAAAUAAGCUUUCGGACUUUCUUGGGCAAUCCUAGGUUUUAACACUAUAUUAUCCAAGUUAUUUCAUUUUACAUACUAAGUUUCCCAAAAUUGUGAAUCUGUUUCUAUAAUAUAUCUAAUUACGAGUCUAUGCUGAAAGUCUGUGAUGGUAAUUAUAUUUGACAUACAUUUAUUACUGUGAUAUUCAAAUAAUAUAUUAGAUACCAUUAAAUAGAGUAACAUUAAAUCAUAUUUUAAGUGUGAGGUAGUUGCUGAUCUGUUCCCUUCAAAUGUAAUUUGAGGUGAUACGCUUUUUAAAGACUUUUUUUAUUUUUUCGCACUUUCGUGUUACUUCUCAUUGUCAAAUCUUAUUACAUAUUAUUUUUAUGGCAGUUUUUAGACCAUAGGUUUUAGUUUAAAGUUUAAACCUAUUUAUGUUUAGCUCGAUUGCAUCGAAAGCCCAACGCUUAUAUAAACGCUCUCGAGUCCGUUUCCUGGGCCUAGAACCAGUACUUUGUGUCUUUGGGGGAGAUCUAAAGAACGCUCGCACGGUGGGGAUCGAACCCGUGACCUCCCGGUCGCUAGGCGGACACCAUAUCCAUUAGCGACCGGGAGGUCACGGGCAAUCUCACAAAUAAUUUUACGUACUUUUAAGUAAUAAUUGUUAUGUAAAUUUGAUGAUAACAUGUAUAUUUUGUGUUUUUAACCUGAAUAAAAAUCAAUCAAUUAAUCAAG